GUAGAAAAAAGAAAGGAAAGGACGGCUGGUGAUUCAACUGUUGAGAUUUCCUUUUCUUGGCCAUUCAAGUUAAAAGCUGGCGGUUGUCCAAUUCUAUCCUAGUGGCUAUCUGGAACCCUUGAUUGAAUUCAAGAACUUGACCAUGCCAGUAUCUUCGAUUUUGCUUUCUUUCUUCCUAUAUUUGUUAGCACUUUCCUCCAUUUCAGAUGGAGAGCAAGUUAUACUUGUGAACAACUGCAAGGAAAGCAUUUGGCCUGGGGUACUUGGCAGUGCAGGUCAGUCCACUCCUAAAAAUGGUGGAUUCCAUCUUGGUAGUGGUGAAGAAGUAGUUCUUGACGUUCCACAGAAAUGGUCUGGGAGGAUAUGGGCCAGGCAAGGUUGUAAUUUCAACAGCAAUGGCAAGGGUUCUUGUGAUACUGGUGACUGCUCCGGACGACUUCAGUGCCAAGGAACAGGCGGUACACCACCUGCAACCGUGAUAGAAAUGACUCUUGGGUCAUCUUCUUCACCACUGCAUUUCUAUGAUGUAAGUUUGGUUGAUGGCUUUAAUCUGCCUGUUUCGAUGAAACCUGUUGGAGGCGGAAUGGGUUGCGGAGUUGCAUCAUGUGAAGUUGAUUUGAACGUUUGCUGCCCAUCAGCAUUGGAAGUGAAGAAAGGAGCCAAGGUGGUGGGAUGUAAGAGUGCCUGCUUGGCCAUGCAAUCAGCUAAAUAUUGCUGCACUGGGGAGUAUGGAAAUCCAAAGACGUGCAAGCCAACGCUUUUCGCCCACCUCUUCAAGGCUAUUUGCCCAAAGGCAUAUAGCUAUGCUUUUGAUGACUCUAGCAGCCUUAACAAAUGUAGGGCUUCCCGUUACGUAAUCACUUUCUGCCCUCCUAAAUGAGCAAUUGCAGAAUAAAACAAGCUUGGUGCCAUUGCGUUAGAAAGUCAAUACCAAUGGAUUAUUUUUAUGAUCUGUACUAGUAAUUAUUAUUAGUUCAAAAACACAUGGGUCAGUUAAUUUCUCCCCUUCGUCUUAGGAGUAUAUAUGAUCUGUCAGUAAAGAACUGGAUGAAAAA